UGGAGGUAAUCCUUUGUUUUUGAUGUCUGAGUAUUUGAAGUUGUAUAUAUUGUUUUAUGAUAUUAACUGUGUGUGUUUUUUUGUAGAUUCUGGCUUAUGAGGCUAUUCCACAUCUUGGACUGAAAUAUAGAGUACCUGUACGUGCAGCAAAUGACUGUCCAAGGAUGUGCAAGCACAAGUUUAAAGAAUCUGCCAUGAAAGGUAUCCCUUUGGAAGAAAUAUAUCAAGAGCUUGGGACUAGCAAGGAUAUUGACAGCAUAUUGGUACCAGACCAAUAUGAAAAAUCUCUGUUGGCUGGAAUCAUUGAAGAUAAUGUUGAUGAUGGCCUAGGGCAGAUUGAUAUCAUUGUUGACAGUUGGAGAGAGCGUCUAGUAGAAAAGAAGAAAAAGAUAUGGUGGGAAGGAAUGUACCAGCUGGACCAGGCGUCCCGAGAGAUUGGUAAUAAGUUUCUUGAGAAUGAAGACCCUGAGCAACAAGCCCCUGAGCAAGAAGUCCCUGAGAAAGAGAGUUCUGAUAUUGCUAAAGUUGUUGCAUCUCUUGCCUCACUAACAGAGGUGGUGAACAAUGGCUUUCAUGCCAUUGAGGAGAAGUUUAGGGAUAUGGAGAUUAGAGUGAAGACUCUUGAAGUGUCUGUGGCAGCUCAGGGAUAUCAUAGUCCGGUGUUUCCGCCAUAUGGGUCGCCUCUGGAAACACAAUAUGGGACAAGAACUGAUUUUGAGGGUGGGCAGAUGAGUCAAACCAUGGAAUUGGUUUUGUAUAAUCCCAUUUCUCCAACUGUUCCAGAACAAGGUGAUGAGGAGGAGGAAAAGAAUGAGGAGGAGAAAAAGAAUGAGGAAGAGAUGAAAGGAAAAGAGAAGAAGAAGGGCAAGAAGACAAAGAGGAUGUUGCAGCAAGAGGGUGGACCUGUAAUAGCAACCGGACAAAAGCGAACAAGGGCAGCUUCCCAACAUAUUAAGACACCAUUUGUGGAAGUGCAGCCGAAGAGAAGGAGAAAGAAGUAAGAACUAUGGUUGAUGUGUGCUGGUGGUAUAGGAAAAAACUAAAAAAUCUUUUGGACAUGAUUAUUUGUGUUUUGAACAAGUAGGAACUAUUGUUGAUGUUAUUUUGGUUGUACCUGGAGUUAGUACUUGUUAUUUUGGUUAAUUUUAGAUUUCCUACUUUUGGGUA